UAUAACAGAGUUCUCUCGCAACCAACUCCGGUCAUCACACACACAGACACACACUGGAAUCGAUCGGAUAAAGCAGGUCAGGCUUAGCUUUGCAGCUAGCAGGGUUAUUGGACCCAUAUCGUCGAUCGAUCCAUGGCACUGAGGGAGAUCGAGUCGACGUUGCCACCGGGGUUCAGGUUCUACCCCAGCGACGAGGAGCUGGUGUGCCACUACCUCCACAAGAAGGUGGCCAACGAGCGCAUCGCGCAGGGGACGCUCGUCGAGGUCGACCUGCACGCGCGCGAGCCCUGGGAGCUCCCAGAGGUGGCGAAGCUGACGGCCACCGAGUGGUACUUCUUCAGCUUCCGGGACCGCAAGUACGCGACGGGGUCGCGCACCAACCGCGCCACCAAGACGGGCUACUGGAAGGCCACGGGCAAGGACCGCGAGGUGCGCAGCAGCAGCAGCAGCGGCGCCGUCGUCGGCAUGCGCAAGACGCUCGUCUUCUACCGGGGCAGAGCCCCCAACGGCGUCAAGUCCGGCUGGGUCAUGCACGAGUUCCGCCUCGACACCCCGCAUUCGCCACCGAGGGAGGACUGGGUGCUGUGCAGGGUGUUCCAGAAGACGAAAGGCGACGGCGGCGACGGCCAAGACGGCGACUACUCCUCCUCCUCGCCCGCCUUUGCCGGCACGUCGCAAGCCAUGCCGGACCCGGACUACUAUUCCGCGGCGUCGUCAGCAGGAUCAGGCUACUACGGCCUCGCAUUUGCGCCGCCGCCGCCGCAGCAGCAGGAGGAGGUGGCGGCGCCCGUGCUUCCACAGUAUUACUACGGCGGCACGGUCGACGUCGACCACCACCACCACCACCACGGCUUCACGCGAGACGACAACGUGGGCGCCGCGUUGCCAGGGUUCGGCGGCGCGAUGAUGAGGGGAUCAUCAGUCGCCGCCGGCGGUGAUCAGUACGGGUUUGGAUACUUUGACAUGGGCGGGGGCGGCUUUGAUGACAUGGCCAGCUUUGGUGGUGGAGACAUGGACUUCGUCCCUCAAGUGUGGAGCUAGCUGAUUGUGCAAACAUCGCCCGGACGUAUACAACGUCCUCUUGAAGAAGAAGACGUUACAUUGUUAUUACUGGAUCAAUUAAAUUUAUUAAUUGUUUAAUACACAUGGGGUUUGGCAGGUAGAUUUAGCUAUAGAUUGGGUUUGAAUUAAAUGUUAUUGUGAGCUAGCUUGACAAAGGUUCAUUACGUGAAAAAUCAAAUGUAAAUUAAUUGGGAGAUCCUUUAUUUGUUUUCUAAAUUAUCAAGUAUAUAUAUAUACUAAUUGAUUAUUGUGGAUGUAAAAUACAGUACGUGUAUAUCAUUCGUCUUUUGUUUUUCUUGAGGAGAGGAGUGGGGUGUCAUGUACUCAUGUGUGGUGACAAUCAUAAUUCUG